UAAUAAUCUCCAAAGAUCUGGCAAUAUGGUCGUCGCAAAUCCUCUCAUUGUUUCUGUAAGAUCGCAGAACAAACACAAAUUGCGUCCUGCAAAGAAUCCGGUGAGGAAUUUUGGCCUGAGGAUGUACCUGACGUCGACGACGGCGAUAUUUGGCCGGCGUAUGAAAGGGAGGAGCUGAGAAUAUCGGCUUGUCAUUCCCUUCCGUUGCUCUUUUCAAUUUCUAUCAAUGUGAACACAGCUGCAAUCUUGCAAAAUAUCUUCCUUAAUUGCGCUUCGCCAUCACCCAUCAGCUCUUCCAUCUCUCUAUUAAGUUUGGAUUCAUUGCGCUGCAGCUAUGGGAGGCGUAAGAUUCAGCAUCAGGACUUUACGAAGUUCUGUCCCAAUGAGGAAUUUCGUCUUGCAAGUUCUAUUGGGCCGAUGGUUCACCGUCUUCGCUUCGUUACUGAUCAUGUCCGUUUCCGGCGCCACAUACAUGUUUGCACUCUACUCCGCCGACAUCAAAUCCUCCUUGGAUUACGAUCAGACCACUCUCAACCUCAUCGGCUUCUUCAAGGAUCUGGGUGCCAACGUUGGAGUCUUCUCGGGCCUCAUCAAUGAAAUUACACCGCCUUGGGUCGUCCUUCUAAUUGGUGGGGUAAUGAAUUUCUUUGGCUAUUUCAUGAUUUGGCUUUCUGUCACUCAACGAAUCCCCAAACCCAAACUGCCCGCUAUGUGUUUGUAUAUAUGCCUAGGUGCGAAUUCUCAGACAUUUGCUAAUACAGGGGCUUUGAUCCCUUCAGUGAAGAAUUUCCCCCAGAAUCGAGGUAAUGUAUUGGGUUUAUUGAAAGGAUUUGUUGGGUUGAGUGGGGCAAUUUUGACUCAGAUUUACCAUGCUUUUUAUGGAGAUGAUUCUAAGGAUUUUAUCUUGCUCAUUGCUUGGCUGCCUACUGCUGUUUCUUUCUUGCUUCUUCGGGUUGUUAGAGUAGUGGAAGUGAACCGAAUAUCCAAAUCCAAUGAUCUAAAGAAUUUCUAUUAUAUGCUCUACACUUCCCUUGUUCUUGCUGGCUUCCUCAUGAUCUUGAUCAUUAUUCAAAACGAGCUCAUUUUUACUAGAAUUCAGUAUUUGGGUUGUGCAUUUAUCCUCCUAGUGCUUCUUUUUCUUCCCCUUGUCGUUGUUAUAAGAGAAGAAUUCAUCAUGAGGAAGAGGAAAUCACAAGAUAUGGAUGUAAUUUCUGUGCUUCCACUAGACCCAUCUCCCGUUGAAUUAUCAUCCUCUAGACCACCAAGUUCUUGCUUUAAAAAUGUGUUCAGACCGCCGGAAAGAGGAGACGAUUACACCAUUUUACAAGCAAUUUUCAGUGUAGAUAUGUUGAUACUGUUUGUUGCUACAAUCUGUGGGGCUGGUGGGGCUUUGACUGCAAUGGACAACUUGGGUCAGAUAGGCAGCUCCCUUGGCUACUCAGCUCAUAGCAUUUCUACUUUCACUUCCCUCGUGAGUAUAUGGGGCUUUCUCGGUCGAGCAUUUUCAGGUUAUGCUUCUGAAUUCUUAUGGACCAAAUAUAGCUUCUCUCGCCCUCUGUUCUUCACUCUUGUGCUUCUUUUCUCUUGCGUUGGUCAUCUUCUAAUUGCCUUUGGAGUCCCAACUUCCCUUUAUUUUUCUUCCGUGAUCAUUGGAUUUUGCUUUGGAGCACAAUGGCCAUUGAUUUUUGCCAUUGUUUCUGAAUUAUUUGGGUUGAAAUACUAUGCAACUUUGUAUAGCAUAAGCGGCAUUGCUAGCCCAGUUGGCUCAUACAUUUUCAAUGUGAAAGUAGCUGGCUUUUUAUACGACCAAGAGGCUAGAAAACAAAUGGCUGCCUCUGGUCUUGUAAGUGUUGCUGGUAGGGACUUGGCCUGCAAGGGCGUCCAUUGUUAUAGAUUAGCUUUUCUGAUAAUCACUGCUGCAACCGUGUUGGGUUGUGUUGUUUCUUUCAUUUUGGUGCUUCGAACUUGGGAAUUCUAUAAGGGUGAUAUCUAUAAGAAGUUUAGAGAGGAAAGAAAGGAAGCAGAAUGAUAAAGUUAGUAUUCUCGGAUCUAUGAAAGGUGAAACGUUGCAGGUCUCCGGCAUCAUAACCUCCCCUUUCCUUUGACCAAUGCGUCAUCGAACCAAGCAGUUUAGUCUCCACCUACAUUCACCCUUUGUCGGGUGGAAAUAGUUGUUGAAACUAGUUUUCCAAUUCCAUCCCGAACCGGGAGUUGAGCAGAAUGUUGCCUUUUGUUUUGGUGAAAGAUAGAAGGUAACCAUUGUGAGAGUGGAGAUCGAACCAUCAACUAUUGGAAUGAUAAUUUGUGACUUUAUCCCACUAUACCGACUUGAAAAUAGGUUCGUUUCCGUAAUGUUAUAGCCUCACUUUGAUUAACGUGUCCCACUUGGAAUUCAUCUUUGUAACUCCAUA